GUCAAGAAUGGAGCCAAGAAUGGAGAGGGAUGGAGUGGAAUGGAGUCCACAUAUGGAGACAAGCUUAACUAAACAGCCGACUUCUCUUCUUUGCGUUUCGAAGUCAAGAGAGCACUUGAUGGCAUUGUAGUAUAAAGGGAUGAAUACGCUGUUGGAUUCGAGGGCAUCCCAUACUCUUCAUACACUUAUACCCACCAACUACUACAAACCCCCCAAACAACAAUCAUAUAACCCAUUUCAACCAGACACCAUACCCAUACCUUCACACGAAAUGGCGCCUACUACUCAGAAGAAAUGGACUCUCUCUGGCCAGGACAAAGGUUUCGAUGGUCUCACAUAUGGUGAUGCCGCCGUGCCCAAGUGCGGAGAGAACGAGGUUCUCGUCAAACUCAACGCUGCCUCCCUCAACUACCGUGACCUGGUCAUUCCCAAGGGCAUGUACCCCUUCCCGCUGAAGUUCCCCGUUGUAGCCGGUUCCGACGGCGCCGGUGAAGUCCUCGAAGUCGGCUCCAAAGUCACACAAUGGAAAGUCGGCGACAGAGUCACCACGCUCUUCAACCAAGCGCACCAAUAUGGCCCCAUGAAUAUCGCAGCCUCGCAGUCCGGCCUCGGCGGCGUCAUCGACGGCACCCUCCGCCAAUACGGCGUCUUCAACGAGAACGGCCUCGUCCGCUCACCCAAGAACCUCACCGACGCCGAGAGCACGACUCUCACGUGCGCGGGCCUCACCAGCUGGAAUGCCCUCUACGGCAUGAAGCCUCUGAAGCCCGGCCAGACGGUUCUGGUCCAGGGAACGGGCGGUGUGAGCAUGUUUGCGCUGCAGUUCGCCAAGGCGGCCGGCGCGAUCGUUAUUGCUACCACUUCGUCCGCCGAAAAGGCCGAGACGCUCAAGAAGUUGGGCGCGGACCACGUCAUCAACUACCGCGAGGACGCCAACUGGGGCCAGACGGCCAAGGCGUUGACCGUGGGCAACGUGGGCGUGGACCACAUCAUCGAGGUCGGCGGCGCGGGCACCAUGGAGCAGAGCAUGCAGGCCAUCAAGUUCGAGGGCAUCAUCAGUGUGAUUGGUUUCCUGGGGGGCGCCGAGUCUAAGACGAGCGUUAUCCAGACCCUCUCCAACAUUUGCACCGCGCGUGGUGUGUAUGUCGGCUCUAAGGAGAUGAUGGAGGAUAUGGUUGCUGCCGUCGAGGCCAACGACAUCCACCCCGUUGUCGACAAGACUGUAUUUGGUCUUGAUCAGGUUAGGGAGGCGUACGAUUACAUGUGGGCGCAGAAGCACUUUGGCAAGAUCGCCAUUAAGAUCGAGUAAAAUCAUAAUAAGGAUGCCGUAUGUACAAGUUCAAACAAAAAGAGUUUGUACAUUUGGAGGAUGGAUGCAAUAUCGUCUCAACCCCGAUUUUAAUACCAAGCUCAUUUCCCGUCCUGAAAUCCACGUUGUCGCCCGUAGUCAUGUUUCUUGCCGCUAUUGCUUUCACACAAUUGAUCCGUCUCAAAAGCCCUGUGACCAGCUUUCACGAGAGACGGGACUACAUGAAGGCGCAAGGAGCUAUUUGAAAGCCGAAGUAUCUGAAACGGGUUGUAGACGAGACUAUCGUGGCUACAGCUCCAGAGGCCACUCCUAGUGUUUAGAUAAUCCAGCUUAGCCAGCAUCAACAGCC